UUGCUUUCUUAGUUUAGUCUAUGGCGAGACACCCUUUGCUAGUGACGUGCGCCUUGCUCAUCAGUGCGGUUUACAUCUUCAUUGGGAUACCCUUGCUGUAGGCCUAUAGCAAUCAAUACGAUAUAUCCAACUGCUCGAGUUUGCAUGAGGUUGUCGUCAUAUCGUUAGGAAAGAAAUUCGGAUUGAAUGACAGUUUCGAAAAUUUGUCAUUUUGUUACAAAGGACAUUCCAACGAGCGACCAUUAAUAUUGAUAAACUUGAAAUGCUGGCCACGCAAUCGGUUUACUUAGGAUGCACCUGUCGUUAGAAAAUAUGUUCAAAGUGGGUAUCGAGUGGUAAACCACACGCGAACCGGAAAUGCGGCUAAUUGUGCGGUGUCCUUUGCCUAGAGUGAUGUGGUGGACCUACCAACGGGAGAGCUCGAGUGAAUAGCGUUCAGUUCAGUGACUACGUGUUGAAACCGCGCUGGCGGUUGCUAAUCGAGAAUCACGCUCAAGUCAAGAGAUAUCAUUACCCAAUGUGAUAAAGAAAACGAAAAAAAGUGUCCUUAAUUGUGUUUUGCACGAAGAGUUAAUGCUUGUUUGUGUCGUAUCGGGUAGGAGUUGAAAGGAAGGAAGCAUCGUUGGAAGCAAACGGAGCGGCGAUCGGGUAGAUAAGUUUUAAAGUUCAAAUGCAGGAUUCACACAGUCUUCGGUGGAAUGCCGAGCAACAUAAGGCAACCAUUUCAAUCGACCAUUUUUAAUUUGGCUGAGUUUUACAUAGGACGUCAUUUCGUGCUGGGUUUGUACUUAAACAAUGAUUAUAUUCCUAUACUUGGUUCUGGUCCUCGCAUGGGCCUUGCUGAUCAUCGUUCUUAAAUGUAAAAAGGCACGCGCCAAACGGCUUGCCGAACUGCAGGAAGCAUCCCAGUCGGUUCACGUGGUACAGAUCGGAUCCAACCUGUACGACAUAAUGGCAAUCCAGCAUCACCACCACCGGAGUCCGUACGGGACAAUGUAUGACUGUUUAGGAACGGCGGUGGACCAGCCGACAAAUGGACAAUCCACAACGACCAGCGUCACCCACUCCAAUGCGGCUUUCGUGGGAGACGACGGCAGUGUUUACCCAGGGAGCAAUAUUCCCCCACUGGAGCCGCCACCAUCGUACGACGAGGUAAUACGGUUGCCAGCCUACUACCCUAAAGUGGAGACCUUUGUGCCGGAAAUGGUGGUACCAUCUUCGCUACCCUCGCAACCAGCUCCGACCCCAUCGCUAGUUCCUCCUGCUUACAGUGAGCCGACGAGUGGCAGCAACGGGACCGUUGACCAACCCAUUGCUACCAUUGGAGAUCGCAUAAAACCUGCUUCAAGCACGGCGAUAACGGCCACGACAAACUCCUAGUACCUUUUGUUAUUAGAGAACGCUAACUGUAGUUUGUAUAGUAAAUCGUGUUGUUAUUAGAUGUAAGGCGCACCUCUUAGUACAGUUUUGAAGCACCAAUGGUUGGAACCUCAUUUCUAAUAAGUAAACGAGAAAUAUGUUUCUUGAUUAGUUGACUGUGAAUGAAGAUGACGCCCGUCGGUUUUAAUUUUAUGCUUAGUUAGGAAAACUGACUGUUUCUAAACUAGAGACUUAUUAAAUGAAAUUAAGAAAAAUCUUUCAAAAAACAAAGAUUAAAAAUAUAUUCUACCAUCCUGAGGUAAAUUUACUUGAACAAGUUGGAAACGAUGUUAUUUUUUGCCUUUAAUUUCACAGUUUGAACAGAUUUCGCAGUGGGCUGUGAAUAUUCUGGGUAACUUCUGGGCGAAGCCCAUGAUUGCAGAAGCCUUAUUGAGUUUGUAAAACCUUCAAGUCAUCUGUACUGUGAUAUACCUACAUUUCAUUAUGUAACGAAUAAUCAUGUAAUAAUCGUUUAUUUUGUAAUUUACAACAACUGGUUCGAAUAAUGGCACAAGCAGUAAUGGAAGUUUAGUGUUAACAAACUGUUAAAGAGGUUCCUAGGAAUUUAGUUCUAAUGAAGUACUAUUAACAAUCGGUGUGAAAUUAAAAUGAACAAACUAUCCGAGGUGUAUUUACAGUAAGAAAAUAUUUACACACAAGUUAAGCCAACUAAGGAAAAAUAAAUAGCCUUUCAGUUGAAACACCGGGUCAUAAAUUUGACAUAGUUUACAGUAUGGCGAUCAGCUCGACCUCGAUGAUCCUGCUUGCGUCGAGUUAGGAAUGUUAGUAUGAAAUCCCCUCCAGAUACCCCAUAAAUCUCCCGAUCAUAAGCUGGUGGUGGCCUGCAGUUUAAAAUAUCGACUGCGGCUCUCGAUUUCGUGUAAGGUCCCACGUCGUUCAUCCACCGUGUAGCAUGUACUCAUCGAGGGCAUAUUCCGGUGACCACUUUUUAGCCUGAUGAAACCCCAGAUGAA